UAGUCGCGGAAAUCUCACUAACCAGCAUUCCAAGACUACUAUGAGAGUGCUGCGGAGCUUACGCGACGCACCACCAUUGUGCCUUGUUCACUACAACAGUUUACUAUUAGAGGGAGAUCCGAACGCUGUUUGAUCCAGAGUGUUCGCCCAUCCCGCGCCGCCUUCGUCGUGCCAUCUCUGGGCGGAUCCUCAUUCUUCUCCUUGACUCCUGAGCGGCUCUCAUCGGAGUUUUGGAAGUGUAGCUGGUAAAUAGCCUAUGUCACCGGCUUCGAUCUAUCAUCUGUCGAAGUCUGGACACCCUCGCCAACUAAUCCAUUCCAACUCGUGAAGUUCGUCGAUCCACGUGAAGGCGACUGGUAUUCUUAGCUGCGGACUCAUGAGGUCCUUGCGUGUUCUAAAUUCUAAUGGGGAACGACUACCAAACAUCGCAGAAAAGCGUCCGUCCCAUCGCCGUUGGAGAUACGUGGCAAAGGUCUGCCACUUGCAGACCACGAACGUAGGCUCGAGAUAUGCGACCUGUAGAAAGAUAGCUGGUCUCACAGACUAUGCACGAUUACCAUGGUCCACGGAAGGGGUAAAGAAAAAUUUCGUAGUCACUAAUUCUUCAGGAAGCCAGGGAAGCCAUGGGGGGGAUACGUGCGCGGUGCAUGUGUAAGCGGACCAGGUAAUGGCGAACACAGACUGGAGGUAGAGAAAGAUGCUGGGAGGCGAUUUUGAUAAGGUUCCGAUUGAAGUGUAAGCACAAAGGGUCGCUGUGCCCGAAUUAUCACGAUGUGCCCCAUGUGCGAAAUGAGAGCCGAGCUCUUGAUGCAACAGCAAGCAGUUGUUGAAUCUAGUCUCGAAAGGAAGGGAUCAGAUUCCGGCCACACAGGCAAAUCCUACCUUUUCAGAAAUCCAUUCGAGACUUGCAAGAAUAUGUCCCAUCAGUGCUGCAGUUCGCCUUUGGUUGACAGCCAACGGACGUCCAAUGUGGAAGGUCGCAGAUCGACAGCUCAGCCAUCUGCUGUUUCGGACCAUUCCGGUGAAUCAUCGUAUCCUCAAGACGAGCACCGGGUGCCGGAGUCGCCCCUUAGUCCAGAGUCGGUGAAAUCGAUGGAUCGAGCGCAAGAGGAGAUUGAAGAGGAGGCAGAGAUUAGGCACGUUAUUGAAACCGAACAAGAACGAGAACUCAACACUCUUGUAAAACCGAAGAGAAAAAAAAGAGGGUUGCUUUCGCUGUUGAAGCAGUUCACACAAGGUUCAGCCUCGGAACAGGUUGAUCAACCGGAUAAGUUGCAUGUGGAGACGGGCCCCCAUGUCAUUGAAUCGAGCUUCUCGGCCUGCGGUAGGAAGGUCAUGGCUGUGGCAGAAGAUGUGGAAUAUGAGGAAAGAAUUAGACGAGGCACCGUCGUGCUCUCAAAUGCAACCUUCUUGGCAGCGGAAAGCACUGAUUAUGACACAUUAUCGGAAGGAAGCAUGAACUUGACAGACACAAGCAUCUCCGAGACGACGAUGAUCUCCAUGAUGAAAGUGAAUGGCAGCUUCAGCUCGCCAUUUGGCUUGUCAUACCAGGGAUCGACUCUCGAAUCCAAAGUAUACGACGAUGAUGCGAGUAGUUUUUCUAUCAUUCCCCGGACAAGUUUGAACUCGAGCCUUGCUCAGGAGGGGACUAGCUAUGUGAGUGAUUUAUCAGGUAGGUUUGGGGAGUUCGAAAUUGGGUAUGUGUCUCUUGAGGAAAGCGGAGAAGGCCCUGAAUUUGAUGACACAGUGUCGAUUUCCUCGUCUCAGCAUGAAGAUAUGAACGUGGACAUGGACUUGCAAGAUGACACGGUGUCGGAGUCUGACUUAGGCCGUGACUAUAGCAUCAGCUCGGACUCUCAAGAGUGGUGCGCAGAAACCGAAGAUACUUCGUCGGUGUUGCAGCGAUCCAGAGCACACAACAGCAUGCUUGAGGAGGAUCAACUUCUUCACAGUCUUCGAAAGACCUUUCAGACGACGUCGCGAACCGUUAAAUUCUCGGACCAUGUUAAGGAGUCCCCUCUUAGUGUCAGCAAAAGUCCUGUAAGUAUGAAGAGCAAUCCUCGAAGUGAAACGAAAAUUCCUGUUAGUCAUGGGCGCAAGGAAUCUGGGGCUAAAAAGAAGACCCAGCCAACACCGCCGAAAAAGGCUGUUUUGCCAGUGAUGCCAAAGACCACAAGCUGCACCACAGACCACUUAUGUUCACGUUGCGGUCGCAAGGGAACUAACAAAGAAUUGCAGCUCGGUAAACAACAGCAGACGAUAAAGAAGGUCACUAAAAAGGAAAAUCCUUUGUCGACAUGCCUUCAGACAUAUCAGAGUGAUGAAAAUCCGGCUGCCGCGGCAGCGAAAGUGGUGGUUCUACUUGGUAAGUAUGGCAACCGGAAGGGUCUCAGAGUCGGCGGCUUGCCACCGGGGCCGAAGGAUUUGAAGGAGUUGCAGGAGGAAAUAAACUUGUCUGCCAAGGACCUCGACAGAUUGCGGACUAUUAUUAAUCCCAACUCCGACGCCGUGUCUGCGUUUCAGAACGAGGUUGCAAGGAUGAUGCUUGAAGGUGCGGACGUCCCCGAGCUCAACAUGGACGUGGAGCAAUUCAUUGCGGGCUACAUGAAGCUAAACUCGCCGUUUUAUAUUGACCUCAUCGAAGAUUUUUUCAAGUCUGUGUGUAUGGACUGCUUCAGCCACAUGGAGAGAGCAGGGCGUGGGAAGUCGAUGUUGCCUGCUGCUAAGGCUGUGUUGAGGCCGAGGAAGCCGAAGACUAUUGCGAAAAACACUAACAGCAGAAGAUAGCGUUUGUUGGUGUGAAUAAUUCUCUUAUCCCCGUGUGCAUGUACAGAUUAGUUUCUCCCCAUUCUUGGUGCAGUUGUUGAAGGGCUGGCCACAACAACUUGUAGAAUAUUGUGGUGCAUUGAUUAGUCAAAAGGGGAGAAGUUUUAGUUUCCUUCCCUCCAGCGAAGUGUGAAACCUCAAUCCAGGCUAGGCCUAUCAAAAACUGAAUUUGACUGGAAUAAACUACCUGUUUGAAGGUGGGCUCUCCUUGAAGAUAA